AUGGAUCUCUUCUCCGAGAUAUCAGCCCCUUCGCUGGCGGUCGCCUCGGCCCUGACCGUCGCAGCAGGGGCGUAUCUGAAUGCAAAACUCGCCAUUUCCACCGAUUUGACGACUAUCCGCAAUGAUCGAGACUGGACGAAACGGCUGGGUCAGCGCAUUGCUGAGCUUGGCGAUACAGCGACCCUGUACAAGAUGCUGGAGCGAGUCGUGGAGGUUCAAGGAUGUGGCGCCAACGAGGCACUUUGGUUUGAGAACAAGACAUGGACGUAUAGCCAGUUGAAGGAUCUUGUCGACCGCUUCGCAGCUUUGUUGCACUCCAGAGAUAUCAAGGCAGGCGACUUUGUCGCCGUAUUCAACACAAAUUCGCCUGAGAUGGUGGUAACUAUCUACGCUCUGGCGAAACUGGGUGUUGUGGCUGCUUUGAUCAAUAACAACCUGCGUGAUGACACAUUCAGCCACUGUCUCAGUGUCUCCGGCUCAAAAUUCAUCAUUUCCACACCAGACCUGUCGCAAUUUGUAUGCUCAGACAUGCCUCAUAUUGCGCUGAACAUUGGAUCAUUCGACGGCAUCUCCGUCGGCGCGACUGAGCUGGUUGCCGCAGCUGACCUGCAACAAUACUCUCCCACCGGCUUGAUCCCGGCCAAGCGAUCUGUCCGUGAUCUGUGUGUACUCAUCUAUACAUCCGGCACAACAGGAAACCCCAAAGCUUGUGCCAUUCGCAACAUGAUGAACAUGACGACGUCGAAUCCUCUGACCACGGAUAUCAGAAACCCUUCCAGAUACUACCCACUGCGCACCUAUUCCUCUCUUCCUCUCUUCCAUGGUACCGCCUACUUUACGGGUAUAUGCUACUCGGUCGGCAAUGCAGGCACCCUGUGUUUGCGACGCAAGUUCUCCGCCUCCCAAUUCUGGAAAGAUGUUCAUGACUCUAGAGCUACCCGUAUUCUGUAUAUCGGUGAACUCUGUCGAUACCUGCUAGCCACACCUCCAUCUCCAUAUGACAAGGACCACGUCUGCAUUGUCGCGGCGGGCAACGGAUUGCGGGGGGAGAUCUGGGAGCGGUUCCGGCAAAGAUUCAACGUCCCCGAGAUCCGCGAAUUCUAUCGAUCCACUGAAGGCGUGGCCAAGUUCGACAAUUAUGGCGUGGGUGCAUGGGGAGCGGGCAAAGUAGGUUUCUCGGGGCCCAUCCGACGAUUCUUGGAAGAGGAUGUCUUCAUCGUCAAGUACGACCCGGAGACCGAGAUGCCGUAUCGGGACCCGAAGACCGGGUUCUGUGUCAAGGCCAAGCUGGGCGAGGAGGGAGAGGCCAUUGGUCGAGUCAGGGACCGGGGCAUGCUGACCGAAUACCUGCGCAACGAGGAAGCCACCGAGAAGAAGCUCCUGCGGGACGUCUUCGUCAAGGGCGAUCUGUAUCAACGCACCGGCGACCUUCUCGUCCAGGACCACUCGGGCUGGGUCAGAUUUCAGGACCGCGUGGGAGACACGUUUCGCUGGAAGGGCGAGAAUGUGAGCGCUGGGGAAAUCAGGGACCACAUCUGUCGUAUACCAGGUGUCCAAGACGCCGUUGUUUACGGCGUGAAACUGAGCGGAUACGACGGUCAAGCCGGUGCUGCUGGUAUUACACUCGAAGAUCCCGCAGCAGAGGCCGACUUCAUGGCGAACCUGCACCGGGCGCUGAAAAAGAAAGGCGUACCGUCGUAUGCCAUCCCGAGGCUUGUUCGGCUGACCGAGAAGGUAGCAACUGGCGUGACAUUCAAGCAGGCAAAGGGCGAACUGGCCAAAAAGGGCUGGGACCCCCGUGCCCAGACCAAGGGCGACAAGCUGUACUGGCUGAACGGCCCCACAUACCAGAAGCUAGACGAGCAGAGUUGGGCUUCAAUAGAGAGCGGACGGGCCAAAUUGUAA